AUGAAACCAGAAGAAGAGGCUGAUGAUUUCUGGUUCAGUUAUAGACCAGAAUCAUCAAAAGAGAAAAUGUGGCGAAAGUGCAAGGAGAAUCCUUUUGUUCCAUUUGGUGUGUAUAUUUAUAGAUAAAUUUAUUACUUCUGCAAAUACACCUUACUUUAUUGUCUUAAUAUGUCUCAAGCCAGCUGAUUUAUAUUUCAAGCAGAAAGUGUUAGCACCGUCUUUAUGACAAUCUAGCAUUAGACAGAUUAUAACAAAGUCAGACUGGAAAUGCUCUGACUGGAAGGUUUUGAAAUUGUGUGGAAGAGAUUUUGUAUAUUUAAUUAAAAAUAUGCAAAGAAAUCAAACCUGUACACCUGGAGUCUGAUCCUCACCGAUGGGUGAUCUCACUGGGUCAAUGCUACCCUUGCAAUUUUUUAUAUACCCAAAUCUGAAAUUCUUAUUGGUCACUUUGGUAGAAAGUGUCCUUUGAAAUUCUUUUCAUGUGGGUACACAGUACCUCAUCAAUUAGUGCAUGCUGACAUAAUUUGCUGUGGGAUCCCUCAUCUGGCCUCGAUUCACCGUAAUAAUUUUCAAUGAUCAUCAUAUAGGUCUUGCUGGCACAGUUGCAGCUUUAACCUAUGGCCUAAUUUCUUUCCAAAGAGGAAACUCUCGGACUCAGCAACACAUGAUGCGGUUACGAGUUAUCGCACAAGGAUUCACCGUUAUUUCUGUCGUGUUGGGUGUUGCCAUUAUGCAGUGGAGAAAACCUACGCAGGACACGAAAAACGAAACAAGCAAAACAUUGAGAUAA